AUGUCGAGCAAGCUGAAGAAGGCAAUCGGGGCCGUGAAGGAUCAAACGUGCAAAAGCCUUGCCAAGGUCAGCAACACCAAUGCGACAACCCUCGAAAUCGCCGUCCUCAAGGCCACCUUGCACGACGAGGUCCUCAUGGAGGAGCUCUACAUGGAUGAGAUCCUCCAGCUCGUUGCCUCCAACAAGGUCUAUGCGGCCACCUGCUCGCCAAGUGCAUCAGCAAGACCCGGAACUGGAUCAUGGCGCUCGUCCCUAAUGCUAGUCCUCUGGAUCUUCCAGGACGGCGACCCCUACUUCCCUAGGGAGGUGCUCCACACGAUGAAGCACGGUGGUAAGAUCCUCAACCUCUCGAGCUUCCGAGAACACUCGAAUUUGAGCCCGUGGGACCACACUACCUACAUCUGGAUAUUUGCGCUCUACGUCGAUGAGCGAUUAGAUUGCUUCCUCAUGGGGAAGCUGCAACGGCGGGUGGCGAACCGGAGGAGGGAAAACGAGCAGCUCGUGAACCGAAGGGCAACCGAGCCGAUCAUUAGGAGUAUGAAGCCUGGAAUGCUGCUUGACAGGAUCUCCCAUUGGCAGAGACUGCUUGAGAGGGCCAUUGCCACAAGGCCAACAGGCUUGGCCGAGGGCAACAAUUUGGUUCAGAUCUCACUCCAUGCCAUUGUUCGGGAGAGCUUUGAUCUGUACAGAGAUGUAUCCGAUGGCCUUGCACUGCUCUUGGACAGCUUCUUUCAAUUGCAAUACCAGACUUGUGUCAAUGCCUUCCAGACAAGCAUCAAGGCCUCGAAGCAAUUCGAAGAACUAUCAUCUUAUUGCAGUUUGUGCAAGACCUUGGGGGUCCGUCGGAAAACAUCUGAAUACCCGAGCAUGCAGAAGAUGUCCGGCAAGCUCAUCGAGACGUUGCGGGAGUUCUUGAAGGACCAGGACUCAUUCCUGGCCAGUGGGAGGAUGUCAUCUCCGCAUAUGCCCCUCCUCACGACACUAGGCAGCGGACAGGGUUCCAGCGCAACAUCCGAGCAGUUUGGUUCCUACGAAUGCUCCGAGACCUCAGAGCACAUGGAGGGAUCUUCCGAGAAGAGUUCCGAGUUCAGCUCGCAGUGCAUGUCCCUGGAGGACGUGAUGAGCAUGACAGAUUCGGGGACUAGCCCAUCGGUCACAUUCGCGCAAGAAAUUCAGAUUGAACAAUUUGAGAAGCAACCGGAUCAAGAGGACAGCGUGAACGCCAUGUGA